GUUUCCAGCAAAUACAGUAAUAACCCACAGUAGAUGCAAAUUGCUUCGCUGCAAAAGAAUUAUUCCAUUUAUCCGAUGGACAGGUCUAAACAGGAAAACGAGGAGCCGCGGACAUGGCAAGGAUUUGGCCAAGCAGUCUUAGGAAACCUCCAUAGAGGGUGGAUGUGCUUUGACAAGUGGGCUGGCUGGUUGAUUGGCCUCGACAACUCGAAAUACCAAUGGGCGGUCGCUGAGUAUCAUUUACAAAAGCAAGAGGAGGAACGCGAAGUCGCGAGGCACCUGCGUGCGGAGGACCAUGUACGUCAAAACAUGGAGGAGGGUUUGCAGCCAGGCGCUGCUGCGGAAGGGCCUCAAGAGAACUCAAGCAGCGGUCGAAGCCCCUCUGGUGUGCAGGUCCAAAUGGAAAUGUCGCGGCCUCCCAGCAAGGCUAUCGCCCGGUAGCACAGCAAGGCUGCUGCGGGCUAGCAGCAGUAGGCCUCCUGGGGACGUCUGCCUGCUACGCGACGCGGUGGAGUGUACCGGAGUGUACGUGUGUGUAGUUUAUGUAGUACACUUGGUGCGCAGGGGUGGGAGGAUGUGGGCAGGGAGGUGGUAUGAUUCGUACGGCACGUCGUGCGGCGUCCGAUGUGGGCUGUGUGGCCUUUGUACUGUUGAGGGGGAACUCAAACACUGUGACUGGCUGUGUAGACCUGGUAGCGUUUAGGUAACAAAGCAAAGACAUACGAGGUAUGAUGGCCGUUAGUUAGUUAGUUAGUAUGUGGCGAAAUGGAUAAGGGGAAGGAGGCGUACAUAUGCGUAGAUCCCCGCGCACAUAUUCCGGUCACUGAUCAGGGGAUGAUUUUUGCUUCCACAGGACGCGAUGUGGGUUAUAAGGUGUAGGGUGUAAGGUGCCGUACAUCCAACCCACAUCGCCAUCUUAGGCUGGUGUGGUGGCUGGGUAGUGGAGAGAGUCCCAGUAGUGGUUGGGAGGGGCGGCGAGGAGCGGGCAGGACUGAAGCAGCGUGCGGCACCGAGAGCCACCGGCAUGGUGUAUCCCUGCCUAAUUUGCUGGGGUGGGAGGGAUGAGAGGACGCAGGCAGGUGCUGAUCUAAAGGGUGGAAGGUUUUACGUCACCAGAGUUAUAGAUCUUAUGAUCAUUUUACCGUGAUUGAUUAACAUGAAUGGACGAAUAACCGUUACAAUGGUUUGCAACGCGCUCAGGAAAAUGAUGGGGCCAUGCACUUGGAAAUGUUUUCGUAUUGGAGACGUUAUGGCGACCUGACACGCCAUGCACAGAGGUGCUCUGCUUGCGCAUGUCUAUUCACCGGUAUGUUGCAUGCUUGGGC